AUGGGUGCCUUCCCUCAAUUCAGGGUGCUCAGGCUGCCCCUGAAGAUCAUCAGGAUGGUUAUCGAUCACCUCUCCCAGAGCGACACCAUCAGUCUUGCUCAGACGGGCCGCGCCAUGGCCAAAGUUGCCAUCCACAGCAUCUACUUCAAGGACCGUGACUCAGGCCGACAGUGGGCUCUCAAUUUGGGCUGCGAUCUUGGCCUAGUUGACCUCGUUCAGAAGGCCGUCGAAUACCGGUAUGACCUCAACAAACUCACAGACGAAGGCGUGCCUCUCUCGCGUGCGGUCCGCCACACCCACCUCGGCGACAAGAUAUCGGUAGUCGAGAUGCUGCUACGCAACGGGGCCGACCCAUCGCUCUGCAGCAGCCACCCCUUGCUCACCCACUUCGCCCACAACAACGGCCUCGUGCUGGGCCACUGCCACACGACCAUCCCAACGCUGCUCCUCACCCACGGCGCCCGGCCCUCGGCCAUCGAAUCCAGCGGCAUCCGCCUCAUCAACCUGGCCAUCGACCGCGCCGACAAUCUGUGCUGCCACAGCCACGGCUCAGUCUGCGUCCUGCGGCUCGUGCAGCUCCUUCUCCGGCACGGCGCCAGCGCCAACAGACCCCUCUUCACCGGCAGCGUCUCGCCCCUCGUGCGCGCCAUGUGCUCGCAGCACCGGCCCGUUGACCUCUUCCACCUUCUGCUCAACAACGGCGCCGACCCCGGCGCCGCCUCCGACCUAUACCUCGCCCCUGGCCGGCCCUUCCACCUCGCGCUGGACCUGCCGCGGCAACCGCAGGUUCCGCUGAAGUGGGCCAUCCUCUACCUCCCCAGCACGACCGACUGGGACGACAGGAUGCAGAUGGCCAAGACCCUGCUCAUCCGCGGCGCCAAAGGCAGCCAGCUCUGGCGGAACAUGGUCCUCCACGAUGUGAUCGAGGCGGCGGGCUCGGAUGAGAGCGCUGCCGUCGUGCCUUUCGGGGUGGCCUAUGAUCUGUGCGCGCUGCUCCUGCAGGGGGGAGCCAAUCCGAAUUGCAUCAAGGGUGGCGAGAUGCCGCUGCAGAAGCUGGCCUCGGCUCAUGGAUUCAAUGAAAAGGAUCGGAUGCUCCUCGCCGGAUUGUUGAUGGCCGGAGGAGCUUGGGAGUAG